AUGCACAUCGGCUCGAGAACAGCUAGCUCCUCGUUUGGCACCUUGAGAUCCCUCACUCUGUUACAAAUCGCGCAAACCUUUGGCUGGUACAUCUUCUCGGCAUGGUGGUUCACUGUGGUUUAUGUAUGGUCGUCUUCAAGUGAUUCCAACCUCGAGCUUGUGAAACGGGGCAGGCCACACGAGCGACCGACCCUGAACGAAAGGCCGAUUUACCUCCAUUCCUUCCAUGCGCUCCUAGCAUGCGUGCAAGCAGUGUUUCACCUUUACUACGACUACGACCGCAUUGCAGUGCCCAUCGCGGAGAAAAGCUCCAAAACAAAUGACGAACGUACUCACCCAGUACCGCCAACAUCCAAGUAUCUACAGGGUGCUCUGCUGCCAGAAUUGGCGGCCGGGGCUCUCAGAAGCGUCACUGUUGCUGGAGCAUCCCUCGUGAUUUACCCGAUAUUUUUCAGAAGCUUUGCGUGGAGCUGGUCUUUGUACUUUGCUAAGCUCUCCUGGAGCUUCCCGAGAUCUGCAGCCGAGCCUCAGAGCUUCAUUCCCUCGAUUUUCCCCUACUUCUUCUUCAAAACUUUGGUCCCCGGAGUGAUGCUUGUGCUCUCCUGGCAAACGGCCAAUCUCUUCUAUACUGUGUUCAUCGGCAAGGAGCCUCUGAAGCGGGGCCAGCCACUCACAACAGAAGCCAAGGAUCCAAAUGGCAGUCUUCUUAGCGGCCUCAAGGCGAAGAAGGAAAUUGUGAAGACUUUCGCGCUCUGGGAACUCAGUCUCAUCAGCCAGCGCGUUCCCGACCGCCGGAAGGCAAUUUUCAAUGAAAUUGAUCGCGAGGGUGGUUCGGCUUGGUCCCAGGUUCUCACUUGCACUACCGAUGUAAUCAAGGCCAUUAACACUCGCAUCGAGGAAAGCAAAAAUCCCGCACCUGUUACCAAGCCUUUGCCACAAGCCGAGAAAUCCGAGCCUGUUCUUCAAACCCUCCCGCGACUCUCAGAACCGAUUAAAGAUGACAACAUCUUUACUUCUGCCCCGAAGGCUACUUCAAGCCAGGACAAAUUUGGCGAUGCGUUUAGCUCGGCGGCUAAAUCCUUCGGUCAGUCAGAAGACUGGACUCCAACUGCGCGAGCCCGAGUCCGUGAUGUAUUUGACCGGGCCUCAUCAGCAAUGCUUAGCCCUGAGCAGAAACAGAAAUAUCUCGGCUCUCCCCAGAAGUUCAAGCUACUUACCGGCGGCCCCUUUACAACUCAUAAGCCCGAGGACAUGAACCCUGUUCUGGCACAGAUUCUUCGUUCGCCUAUUGGUCAACCUCUCCGUCAAACAUACGCCCAACGCCUCUCUGCUAUUGUUCUUGGCACACCAGAGUCCUCUCUAUCCUUGAUUGUGGAUGCAGUGGAGUCGUUGACUCGACUUCUCAUUGCAAGCUUGGCCGAGGAUCCGUAUGGCAAAGUCCAGGCCGAUGUGCCCUCAGCCGUGCGACUUCUGACCCAAACCACCCUCACCCUGGAUGCAUUUGCUCACCAGGGUGGAUUAGAUGCCCACUGGACCGAUAUCAACUUCCCUCCAUCGAGCGAUCCCCAGGCGCAAGCAGUUGCCCGUCUCGUUCCGGAUGUUGAAAUUGUGCUUGCUGCACUCCGCGGUGCUCUCAAAGAUCUACUGACAGCCUUCAGGCCUUACUUGCGGGAUAUCGGUAUCGCAGGCAAGGAUCUGAGGCUAGCAAAGGAGGCAGCUGGCAUCGAUGGGGAGGAGGUGUUAUGA